GCUUUUACUCAUUUCUUUUCUUUUUAUUUUUUUCACUCAAUAUAAACAAUGUCGGAUGGCGUAAGGCAAGCAUUAAUCUCAAGCUUAUUCCCACAAGGUUCUCCGGAAAGACUUUUGGUUCAUGUAAAGACAUACAAGGAUAUCCAGUCUUCAGAAACAAGUAAAGACAUAAGAGGAACUCCACGUUACUUGUGUCUGACACAAAAAAAGAACGCCAUUCGUCUUUUGAAAGUCAAACGAAAUCAGAACGGCACUUUUAGUGUGAGCAAAGGAUGGUCUUUGGAUGACAUUAAGCAGAUUCAAAUUAUUGAUGCGCAUCAAUUCUCUAUUACACUCAAUAAGCCUUAUUUAUGGGCAGUUGAACGAAGCAAGGAUAAAAUGAUCUUCUUGGCUUUCCUUAUCGACUCUUGCAGACGUUCAGCCACGCGUAUGCCACAACUAGUGAAUAUUGAUGAAUCUCGUAUUAUUCGAUUUUUGGCUGAUCCUUCAGCACCUUCUAUGGGUGCAACAACUACAGCUAGUCCUAUUGAAACUAGUCAUGCAACUGAACCCAUGGUUCAAUCCCCUGUUUCGCAUGGAAACCCUUAUCCACCCUCACCAUCAGCAAGCCAUAACAACAAUAGUCAUUAUCAGAAUAACAUUCCAAUUAGUGCUCGGUCAGUUGAAAAUCAAACUCCUCCUCCUCCUCCUCCUCCUCUAUCACCCAAAACAUCACAAACUUCGGCUUACCAACACCAACCUCAAUCUCCACAACAAUAUACACCACAACCCUUGACUCCUAAACAUCAGCCCCCACCUGCAAAACCUUCUUCUCCUCAACAACAACAUUCUCCUCGAGAAGAUACGUCGAGAUAUAGUAACAGUGUUGAAGCAGCACACCGUGAUGAUCGCAAGGAGCGUGACAGAGCUCGAGAAGCGAAAAGAGAGCGAGAAAGAUUAGAGAAACAAGCACAAGAAGAAAAGAGACGUCAAAAGAAAGCAGAAGAGAUUCAAGAAAAGAUGGCUGAACAAGCUUCUUUAAUGAAUGUCGAGGAGUUGUUAACUGAUUUCAAUUGGAAAGCAAGUGGUAACGCUGCUGCUCUUGAAAAGCGUUUAUUAGGUGAAUUACAUGCUUUAGAAGCUGCCAAUGUUCAUGCUAUUAUUCAAUCUGAUGAGCGUGUUCGAUCUAUUGUAGAACACAUUGACAAAUCUCUUGAAGAACUCGACAGUAUGGAAAGCUGGUUAUCACUCUAUGGUGCUGAACUUAACAGUAUGGGUGAUGAUAUUCGUGAGAUUGAAACUCAAAACAGAGCACUUCAAAUUCUGAACCAAAACCAACACAUGUUGAUAACUGAGUUAGAUGGCUUAUUGUCUGCUAUCUCUAUACCCCGUAGAUGCAUUGAUAGUUUACAACAUGACCCAAUGGACACUGUAGAUGAUGUGAUACGUAUACAAGAAGCAGCUGAAAUCCUACAAAAAGCACUCAAGACAAAACUCAAUGAUGGUUUACAAGAAAUGACUGCAGUGCAGGAAAGAUUAGAAGCAUACAACAUUCACGGCAAUAAAUUCAGUGAACGUACCUUUAAAUUCUUGAAGCAUCAAUUCGAAUAUCAAGCCAGAUUAUAUUCAGAUCAUAGAUCAUCAUCUACAGGCAACAAAAAGGGCAACAGUAUCAGUGCUAUUGUUGCUCAUCCUCAUGAACAAAUUGAAGAUCAAUUGAUUAAAUAUCAAGGGUUCAAUUUAUGGGAAAAGGAAAUGGAGCCUAGACUCUAUAGUGAACUUCAACGGUGUUAUGCACAGGACAUGGCUCCUUUAUAUGAGCGUGAUAUACGUGAAUUGAUAGAUGCCACGCGUGGGUUUUAUGCUGCUUUACGUAAAAGAGAUGUAGACGAAUUAGAAUACAUCUUUAAGCCAGAAGAAUCUCGUCCUGCAAGAGCAUUGGCCUAUGCACCUAAUUUGCGUGGUGAUGAUUCUCGUCCUCAUCGUUACCGCCAUAUGCUUCGUGGAUCUGUUGAAGGUGUGAUGGGAGGAGGAUUUAGUGGCGGAAGUGGUCGUUCAAGUAUAGAUGAAGACGAAAAGGCUGCUGAUGAUGCUUUUGCACAAAUGAUCAGCCAAGGCAUUAUGCUUGUCUGUCGAGAACAAAACUACAUGAGUGAUUUAUUUGGACAGACUUUGACUGGCCCCAAGUCCUUUUUGGAACGUGGCAUGGUUUAUUCCCAAGUGCCUAACAAGUCUGAUCUUUAUAGUAGAAGAGAUAAGAUAAGAGAUGUUAAAGUAUCUAAAAAGAUUCUGACUUGGAUGGAAAUUAUCUUUGAAACUUUGGAACCCAACUUGGUAGGUCUUUUGGAAUACGGAGUCAAGAGCGACCCAACACAAGCUGUGAGCAUGAUGGGUGCUGUUGAAUUCCAACAGGAAAAAUGGGAUGGAUCAGAUCAAGAAUUUGCUUUACGGUUAUGUAAAUCCAUCUUGCAGAGACUCACUAAAAUGUUUGAAAACUUUAUUGUAGAUCAAGUUCGCAUUAUUGAAGAAACAAAAAUCAGUUCUAAAAAGCGUAAAGGUAUCCUCUCUUUUUUCAAAACAUUCCCUGUUUUUGCUAUGAGAAUGGAAAUGGCAGCGAGUAAUGUUCAGCCUGAAUCAGAGACUCGUACAACUGUGAGUGAAGCUUAUGAAAAGAUCAUUCAAGCCAUGAUGGGUAGUUUAGACAGCAUUGCCCGUGAAAGUGAUCAGACAGGAGAUGAUAAAGAGCAAUUGAAUGCAACCAUAAUGUAUAUUGAAAACAUGCACCAUAUGUACAACACUUUACGUACAAACAAAUUACAUGUACUCGAGAAAUGGAUCAAGCAUGCCAAGACACAAUACGACAAUAGUUUGAAUGCUUAUAUCAAAGUCAUCAUUCGACGUCCUCUUGGUAAAUUGCUGGAGUUUUUUGAAGGUGUAGAGCAAAUGAUGCGUACAAGCACACCUGAAGAAGUCUCAUUUCAUAUGAACUAUAACAAAGCACAAUUACGUCGUGUUAUUACUAUGUAUCCACCAAAGGAAAUCAAGAAAUCAUUAGAACAGCUUUAUAAGCGUGUAGAUAAACAUUUUUCAGAGGAAGAAGGGCUUUUGCAAGUAGUAUGGCGUGGUAUUCAAGAAGAAUUCAUUCGCCAGCAUGAAAAGAUGGAAGAUCUGAUUCGCAAAUGUUAUCCUGAUGCAGGUGUUCAAUUAGAAUUUACUAUUCAAGAUCUAUUGGGUAUGAUGAGUGAACUUGCACGUAAAGUCAAUGUGUAGAAUUGAAUGAAUAAAUAAAGGUUUUUUUUUUAUUAA